UUCCUCUUAUUCUAAAAGAAGGUGUUAGAAAUGGAGCAGGUAUAACCGCCUGUCAACCAGAAAGGACUUGUUUAGUGGCUCCUAUCUUAUCCUUACAUGGCGUGCAGUGAAGGGGAUACUACUUAAUAGGUUAUUAUUGAUUUGUUGUGUUUGUCUUACCUCCCCUGUGUCCCUGGGGGGGGUACAGUCCCUAUUUUGAGCCCAAAUCCCUCUGUCCCGAUUUUCUAUCUGAAUGUUAGUCUUUUCUAGGAGCUCCAUAUUGUUGGUGUAUCUGAAUGUAUAACAGAGCUCCACAGCAAUUAUACUCACAGUAAUGUGCCUUUAAACUACAAUAAAUGUGUUUAGAAAUCAGUCUGUUUAAAUACAAUACAUUGUUUUGUUCUAAAUCGCAUAAAAUGUUAUUAGUAAGUGACCUUUUUCUCAGAACACACCCUCCCUUGGCCACAUCUCUUACAUCCCUAAAAGCAGUGUCCCUCUUAGUUUAUUUGAAAUACUGGGAGGUGUGGUGUUUGUUAUUGCAUUUGUCAAUGUCCUGUUUGAGGGCACCUCUCCUGUAGCUGUAUUAUUCAUCUAACAGUUUCCUACUAUCACAAAUAUUUUGGUUUUAUAGACUUUGUGCAAGGAUACACUGGAGUUUACCAUGGAUAGUCGAGAUGCAUGUAAAGCUUUCUGGAAGACCUGUGUGGAAUACCAUGCUUUCUUUCGUCUAUCUGAGGAGCCCAAGUGUAGGCCAAGGCCUUUCCUAUGCAGCAAAGGCUCCAACUUCAGAUACAGGUAACGUUUCAUUGACCUGGUGAUUGGUGCUUUAACUAUGUAAGCUUCAAAAAAGAUGGCUAACACAUCUUUAACCCCUUAAGGACCACACUUCUGGAAUAAAAGGGAAUCAUUACAUAUCACACGUCAUGUGUCCUUAAGGGGUUCAAGGGCUUAAAUACAACUUUAUAGCAUACAUUACCCAUAUACAAGUGAGAAAUAGAAUAUUGAAAGGGAUCUUUGUGAAUACCCAAACCUGGUGCUUUAGAAUUAACUAUUUUAAAAAAUAUACAAUAACAACCUGUGUAUACACUGAACAGCCACAUCAUUUAAACCACCUGCCUAAUAUCGUGCUGACAAAACAACUCUGAUGUGUGAAGGCAUACGCUCCACAAGACCUCUAAACAUAUCCUGUGCUAUCCGGCACCCAGUGGCAUACAUACCGCGGUCUCAGGGGUCACAGCUGCGACCAGACCCCUGGAGUGACCCCUGCGACCGGGUACCAGCCAUCAUCUUUUGCCCCAGCCCACGUGACAAACUCCCGGGGUCACUGUCCAAGGGGUCCAUCGGGUUGCCCAUACUGUCAGGGCCACAUGAUGGAGAUGGAUUGUCAGGGGGCCCAGUCAGCGCUGGGCACUUUAACAGCGCGACCGGGCCCCAUCUGAUGAGAUCAUCACUGCUGGGAGAAAGUGACUGCACUUCACUCCUCCCAGCUAACACGCAGACCGCGCAGGAGGAAGCAGAUUGAGUCAGAGUGGGAAUUCGGACUCCCAUCAAGCUGAGCCACCACUGGACCCCAGGGAAAGUUACCCUCCUGCACCUAAAAGGUAGGAAACAGGAGGGUGACUUAAACAUUGUGUUUUGUUUGUAUGUGUAUGUUUGCAUGUGUGUCGUGUAUGUGUGUGUGGGUGGGUGGCCCACAGAUUGUGUGUACACCAAUGCUGGCACCAAGACAUUAGCAGCAAGUUACAAGGUGCGGCCUCCAUGGAUCAGAUUUGUUAUUUCCACACAUCCCACAGAUGCUCAAUCAAAUUGAGAUCUGGGGAAUUAGGAAGCCAAGGCAACACCAUGAACUGUGUCAUUUUCCUCAAACCAUCCCUGAACAUUUUUUUUGUAGUGUGGCAGGAUGCAGUAUCCUGCUGAAAGAGGCCACUGUCGUCAGGAAACACUAAUGCUAUGAAGGGCUGUAUGUGGUUUGCAACAAUCUCUAGGUAGGUGGUACAUGUCAAAAUAACAUCCACGUGAAUGCCAGGACCCAAGUUUUUUUUUUUUUAGCAAUUUGAGUUCCAGUAGCUCUGUGUGAACAGACCAGAUGGGCUAGCCUUUGCUCCCUACAUGUAUCAAUGAACCUAGGGCGCACAUGACCCUGUUGAUGGUUCACUAGUUGCCUUGCUUUGCACCACUUUUGGUAGGUACUAACCACUGAAACCAGGAACACCCCACAAGACUCGCCAUCAAAGUCACUCAUAUCUAUUUGGUAGUUGGUUUCCUUGCUUCCAACACAUGAAUUUCAAAAACAGAUUGUUCACUGGUCUAAUUUAUCACCAGUCAGUGGUAUUAAUGUUGUUGCUGAUUAGUGUAUAUUAUCAUACUGACUUUACACCCUGGAUGCAAAUAUGUAGUGUAUAAAACCCAUGACAUGGAAUUGUAAUGAACUGAAUACCAAAGAGUUGGAUAAGUUUUCAAAUGAGGAAGUUUUGCCUUAAAUUUGCAAUUUAGUUUUUAUUUCAAUACAUUUUGUGUAUAAUGAAUAAACCAGAGUUUUAAAACCCAAGUUGUGGCUGAAAUGUCUUACUAAUGAAUAAUAAGCACCUUUCUCAGGAGUUGGGAUAAUUUCUUCCUGAGUGGAACUUCUAGCAAAGCAGUUUGUGGUGGGCUCAGCAGGGCACUUGAUUGCCAUAUAAUCAGAGUUAAAGGACCACUAUAGUGCCAGGAAAACUCAUUUUCCUGGCACAAUAGUGCCCUGAGUGUGCCCCCUCCCUCAGGGUGCCCCUCCCGCCGGGCUCUGGGGAGAGGAAAGGGGUUAAAACUUACCUUACUCCAGCGCCGGGCGGGGAGCUCUCCGCCUCCGAUCCUCCUCCUCCUCCUCUCCUCCCUUUCGGCUGGCUGCGCGCGCAUUCAGAUGGUCUCAUAGCAAAACAUUUACAAUGCUUUCCUAUGGACGCUGGCGUGUUCUCACUGUGAUUUUCACAGUGAGAAUCACGCAUGCGCCUCUAGCGGCCGUCAAUGAGACAGCCACUAGAGGAUUUGAGGGCUGGAUUAACCCAUUUAUAAACAUAGCAGUUUCUCUGAAACUGCUAUGUUUAUAAAAAAAAAAAAAUGGGUUAACCCUAGCUGGACCUGGCACCCAGACCACUUCAUUAAGCUGAAGUGGUCUGGGUGCCUAGAGUGGUCCUUUAAAGACACACUGUAGACAACUGAUAGAAGUGCGUAUGGUGCCUGUAGUCCGUGGGGAAUGGAUCUGACAUCACUACUUAACAGUUUACUCACUUUUUCCAGAGAUGCUUGGGCCCUGGCAACCUGGCCUUCAACUAUGAUAUGGCCAAAUUGAAGAUAUGCUUACACAUUGCAUCAUACCAAUUCAUCCAAGGGAUUGGAGUAGUGAUUGGCUGAGACACCCGACACUCCUAGCCUCUCACUGUCUGCAGCCCCAUAUACGGCAGUGGAGAGCAGAGCAUACCUUUGCCAUGAAGUAAUUUUAAAGGCCAGACUGCAGGCUGACAGGGACCAAACUUUUCUGCUAAACAGCGAGUACACCCUGUAACAAUGAUGCGGGACCAAGCACUCACAUACUCCAGGUACCAUAACCACAAGAAUUUGAUCAGUUGUCCAUCAACUUGGCAUCGGUAAAGCAUAGGUAAACACUUUAAGUAAAUUUUUGUGGUGACAUAUAUUCAAUACAGAGACUGUGUUUUAUGUAGUGAUUUUCUGUAAAAUAAAUCUGGAAAGAGUUACUUAUAACAACAACAAAAACCUUAUUUAUGUGUCCAUGUUUUUGCAAAGAUUGCGAAAUUAUUUAUCCUGUCCUGAAUUAACCUCUUUACUUUUCCUCCUCCAUCAGAAUCAUUUUCUGGAAGGAAUGCAAGGAAUAAUUGCUCUAAUAUAGCUUUCCAUAGUAAGGAAAGUGAAUCCGCAAAAUGUGCGGAUAACAUUCACCUUCACAUAGAGAUAUAUUUACUCUGUAUGUUGAACAAGCACAGCCUCUAGCACAUGUAUAGGAUUAAAUAUAUAUUUACCAGCAAAUCCCUUCGCCCAACUGCAAGUUAGCAUCCACCAUUACAUGUGCAACUUAUCACAAUAUAUCAAAUGUGGGAGCAGAUUACGAGUUCUGAGACUGUUGCCACUUCACUCAGAAGUGGAUGAGCACCUUGUGGAUCCUCCAAAGAUGUGCUAUGCCACAUGUAGAUAUUACACCUGUCACACCAAUACUGCUAUCACAAUGUAUAAAUGGAAUAGUAUUAUAAAGUAAAGCCAAGCCAAUAUUGAAAAGAUCAAUUUAAAAAGGUUUGGCAUGUCUGGGAGCUACAGAAGGAUUCAAGAAUGUGCUUUUUUUUUCUUGAUUACUUUUUUGAGGUCCCUGGUGUCCGUCAAUAAACAGCAGUCUCUCUAUUCAUUAAACUGCAAACUGUCAGGAAAUCAAAGUGAAUUUCACAUUUUAGGUCGAACUAUCUAAAACAAAAAUAUUUAUUUAAAAUUAUGGUGCUUUCAUAAUAAGUUUUGUGCUAUACAAUAUCAGACUUGGUCACAACCCACUCUUGAAAUUACACAAAUGUAAGACUAUGGGGGAUGUUUACAACAUAGUCUCUCUAAUUCUGAAUGCUUUUUCAUAAUAGGCACAGACUCAACAUGUUUAAUAGUGGGUGUCUCUCAUAUAACUCAUAUGUAGGUUUUGACGCAUAUAGUGCCCACACUCAUGCGUCAAUAUAAACAAUUUAACUAAGACAUGCUGUCCAUUGCUGCAAACAAUUACCUAAUUUAUAAAUAAGUAAUUCUGAUUUUACCUUUUUUAUUUUUCUAUUUUUUUUUUUUAGUGGAAGAACCCAAAAACAACUGUUUGAUUCAUGGAGCAAAGGGAAGGCAAAGAAUCAACCCUUUGAACGGUAAGUGAGCAACUUAUUCAACAAUCGUAUACGCUACCAUUGCUGAAUCUCUUCUAACCCAGUGUUUUUGGAAUUACAGAAAAUUCUUUCAAGCCAACCUUCAUGAUAGGCAAUGUAGAUCUUCUCCUGAUCUUCUAACUGAAGUGGCAAAACAGGUAUUCGUUAUUAAUAUGGUUAUUAUUAACAAGUUCCGUAGUGCUGUACAAUGGGUUGAAACCUUUAUGUGGAUAAAAUAUUGUAGAUUAGGAUUCCACAUUAGAGCAUAGUGCAUUCUUUGGGAGAGAACUAUAGAAUGCAGGGGUGAUGCAAGACACAGGUGUAUGGUUUGUUUUUUUGUGUGAAAAAUUUGCAUGAUGAAGGAUUGGCAAAAGAAGAUAACUGGCAUACUAAUAUUUUCAAUAUUCUAGUCAGUUCUCCACAAUUCCCAAUUUAGAAAAUAGAUACAGUAAUAGCAGCUACGGGGAUCUUUAAUAAGUAAACCCAGUAAAAAUCUUUUUUUUUUUUUUUCUAACGUGCAAAUGUUAAAGGGACACUAUAGUCACCCUGACCACUUCAGCUCAAUGAAGUGGUCUGGGUGCCAGGUCCCCCAGGUUUUAUCCCUUCAGAUGUAAACAUAGCAGUUUCAGAGAAACUGCUAUGUUUACAUUGCAGGGCUAAUCCAGCCUCCAGUGGCUAUCUUCCUGACAGCCGCUAGAGGCGCUUCUGUGACGCUGGAUGUGAAAAUUGGAUUCAGCGUGCAUAACGUCCAUAGGAAAGCAUUGAAAAAUCCUGCCGCGCUGGAGCUGACGUUAGCGGAGGAGAGGUCACCAGCGCCAAGGGAGCCCGGCGCUAGAUUAAAGUAAAUGGCUGAAGGGGAUUUAACCCCUUCAGCGCCAAGGGAGGGGGACCCUGAGGGUGGGGGGGACCUAAGGGUUAUAUAGUGAUACUAUAGUGAUCCUUUAAGAUAAAUGGAUUAAAAAUGUAAAUGGUUUAAAUUUUUGCAAAUUUUUUGCCUAAGAUGUUGAUUUAAAAAAAAAAAUCACUAUGCACAACUCUCCCCUAACCCCCACAUAAUUUCAAAUUAUCUGAGAAAACUAAUAAAAAUACAUAUGUAAUAUGUAAUGCUCUUUUCAUCUCCAAUACACGUAGUGAUAAAUCUGACAGUUGCAGAGAAAGUAUAAAGAUCAGAAAGCUUAAUUAACCUUGUGUUAUACAACAAGUUAAAGGGAUUACUCCAACCACCAUGACCACUUCACUGAUUUAAGGUGGACAUAGCAGUAGCAGCCUGGAUGUGCACUGUUUCUGCCUGAAACACUGCACAUUCAGAUAUUUUUAAUUGUGUGCCGGAGCUAGUUGCACCCCCAGCACAGGUGAUGUAGGAAGCCCAGAACUCGUGUCUGCAAAGGGAAGAUCGCUAUCCCUGCCUACUCUAACGUGGAUGAGGGAUUUAAGAACUUUGCUCCCCUUCUCCCUCCCUGCUGGCUCUGAGCCAGCAAAAUGGUCAAAUCAGAGUGAGAAUCCUGUGCUUGGACCAGGCAAGUGUGAAGUCAGGAAGGGGGUGGAGAUCAGCGCAGGAAUAGUCUCCUGGUACUGGACUACAGAUUAGCUUUAAGUCUUUUAACAGUGUUUGGGGGGACAUGGAGAGCUAUUUGUAAUUGUAACUCACAAGCCUACCACUUAAAGCAUUCUAAUGACAUUUGGAAACCUAACAAAGACUUUCAUUUGUGUUUUUUUUCCCCUUCCUUCAGCCCAAUGAUUUAAGGCUGGUGUAUACCAGUAGACCAUGCUCUAGAAGUGUGAACAGCGUGGGUUGGGAUCCAUUUCUGUACAAAAAUAUGAGGAGUUCAGACGUAGAAGUACGGUUUUCAGCAGAUCUGGAUCGGCCUAGACCACGUGUGGACUCAGCUCCUCUGCAACAAUCUAAGAGCAGUGCUUCCUUUCCUGGUUGCAGCUAUAGUGAUAUGAUACAUGAAGCACCACGGAAACAAUCUGAGAGGAGAGUAAGAUCUUAUUAUGAUGAAAGCAGCCACUGGCCAAGAAACCCCAUGGUUACAUCUAAAGAUAACAUGAAGGAAGCUACUUGUUCCCGUAAGACCUAUACAGACCUUGCUCCUGACCCCUUCUCUAUGAAGUUUAACAGAGCUUCAACAAGUUUAUACUGUAAUACUGAUGAGCCAUCUGAGCUUCCAUUGCAAGCAUCAGCUAUAGCUGAGGAAAUUUUAAGACUUACUAAUCACCCUACCUCAUUCGGUGGAAAAUCAGCUCACCAAAGUCCCCAAACUACAAAAACAAAGGAGUAUCAUCAACCGGAAUACCCCAGAACUAACUGCAGAAAUAAUGUCAACAUGGAUCCAAAUAGAGACUUUCACAUUACUUACAUGGAGUAUGGUGAAGAAACUUAUCCUAAGAGGUCGUGGAGUCAUUCGGACAUGAAAUCUGCAUGGUUUCCUUAUGGUUCCGAAUUUAAGCCUUUAGGGCCUUGUCCGAUAUUAAGUAAAACAUCUAGUGUGUCAAAAACCCCAUCUGCUCAACAACACCUUUCAUUACCACCACCUCCUCCACCACCACCUAUUUCUAUAUCAAAAAAUACACCAAGAGCCACAGAGAGAUAUGUUUACAGUGGGACUGAAUCAAGUGACUCUGAAGGUGAAAUUAUAAAUCCAUAUUAUUAUGCUUUAUUUGGGAAAAGUAUAAGGCAUCCAAUGGCAAGAGCUCGGCUAUCUUCAGGAAGCCUCCAGCUAGAGGAUGAAGAAGAUACUCCUUUAAAUGUUUGUGGUUGGGAAACGAGGAAGUCAAGGAUGACGGAUAAAUGGGUUCACACCUAGGUAUAACAAAAAUACAUGCACAUAUUUUUGACAACUGGAUAUUUUAAUUUCCAGAUGAACAUAUAGAAUAUUUUCUCUUGUCAAAGUGUUGGAAAAAAAAAUGUGUUAAAGUAAAAACACGUUUACUAAAAUAAAACUCUUGUGUAGUUCAUUUCGUCUAUAUAACAUUAUGUAGUAGUGACAGGGUUAGUUGGACUUAAUAC